AUGUUAGAUAACCCUGCGGACUGGCCGGCCUUUGCUUCCGAGCUAGUCUCUUUCUGUCUUCUCAAGGACGGUUUCUCGGACUUCAGCAUAUCCCGCAUACCCAGGACUAGGAACUCGCGUGCAGACUCUCUCGCAAAGGAGGCUAGAAUUAGCGGUACUCUUUUUUCCCAUAUAGAUCAGACCCAGUCGAACAGAGCCAAUCCAACCAGACACUAUAAUUCAAACAGAUCACUCACAUUACAAAAAACCCAUCUUUCAAAACUCUGUCUCACCACCUCCAUUGACGGACCUGAAGCUAUGCUUCGUCGUCAAAACCGUUCAGCACCUCCUCCUCCGGACUUAAAGUCUCUGUCUUUAAGCGUUUCCUUCAAAGGGUGGAGGCUCCCGAACAGAAAGUUCAAGUCUUGGGCUCUCAAAAUGUCAUCUUUACACAAACCCACAUGGAUACAAGCUGGCGUUUUCGAAGCAAUCAUGGCAUCCACGAAAGGAAUCAGUAAAGACACAGAUCUCCUUCUGGGUAUCGCUGAGAAAUGGUCUCCAGACACCAACACAUUCAUCUUCCCUUGGGGCGAAGCCACCAUAACACUAGAAGACGUUACGUUCCUUCUAGGCUUCUCUGUUCUGGGCUCCCCUGUUUUCGCCGCUCUCGAUGAAUCAGGAGAGAGGGUUAAGGAGAAAUUGGUGAAAGAGAGUCUGAAGAUUAAGAAAGAUAAUAACUUUGUGUUCGUUAGUCAAGUAGAGUGGAUGAGGAGAUUCAUGAAUGAUGAUGAUGAGCUUGAGCAUGUGGCUUUCCUUGCGUUGUGGCUAAGCUAUUUUGUGUUUCCGUCUGCUUAUUAUCAUAUAGAUGAAGCUGUUUUCUCUGUUGCUGUUCAUGUAUCAAGAGGGACUAGGAUUGCUCUUGCUCCUGCUGUUCUUGCUCACCUCUAUGCAGACCUUACUCUCUUGAAACACCACAUUAGAGAGUUCAUCACCAUAGAGGACAAGAUUGAACUGAAGGGGUUGUUUAAGUUGGUUCAGGUUUGGACAUGGGAGAGAUUCAAGGAGCUGCAACCCGAAAAGGCUAACCCUUUGCUCAAAGGUGAGGCGAGAUUGAGUAUUUGGUGUGAUCUGACGAAGAAGAGAAGUAGCAAUGUGAGGGAGGUUCUUGAGGAGUCGAAAGUGGAGAGCUUUGAGUGGCGUCCUUACACAAAGGCUUUGGAGAACUGGAGGUUUCCUCUGUUUUACCCUGAGGAAGCAAUGUGGGUUCCUGUUGAUGCUGACCUUGACGAUGAGUUUAUCACUUUUGCUCGAUGUGUCAAGGUGUCUAAGCUUGUUGGGAUUGAUUGUGUGGAGCAUUACUUUCCCAAUAGAGUGGCUGCACAGUUCGGUUUGAUUCAGGAUGUUACUUGUCAUGUGAACAGGAAGGAACUCUCAAAAGAAGAAGCUUGGGAUGAGUACAACAACCCUCUUGAUGAACUGACAUUGUAUAUCCCUUCUCGCUGUGUUAUACCUUGGUGGAAGAAGUCUUCUUCUGAGUGGUGGAAGAAGUUGUCUCCGAAGGAGAAUCAAGCUGUUGAAUCAUUGACACCAAGAAACAUCAUAGGUGAUGAUACAUCUGAUUCUGCUUCUUCAGGUUGUAAGAAAUGGAAGUCAAUGAAGCGAGUUUAUGAGGAUGAUGAAGAUGAUAGCCUCACCGUUGCUCAAGUAAUGAGACUUAGAAAGAAGGAUACUUCAAAGGUACUGUCAGAACAAGGAGAUGGGUUUCCUGAAAAACUCAAAAGAUCUAGAUAUGUUAGAACAAGGAGAAAUGUGAGAUCAGAGAUAGGAGAUUGUGGUGGAUCAGUUUCAAAAGAAGUGACACUGGGUGACUUGUUUGACAAGGAACUAGUGAAGGGGAAGAGUGAGUGUUCGGGAAACAAGCGAGCUCGUAGUGAGGAAGAUGAUGAGAGUUGUUAUGAUGACAUUACCAAUGCUGAGAUGAUCAGAGUUGAAGAAACAGAAACCAGAAGCAAAGCAGCUAAUGAGAACAACUCCGUAGAUCCUCCUCUUGGUGCUAACGUAGAAGUAGUUGAAACUGUUGUGUCACCACCAGAGACAAGGCAAAACUGUGAUAACGAGGUUAAUUUAAUUGGAAUCAAUGCUGAGAAGAAGAAGAGGACUAUGGUUAAGGAAGCAGAGUGUUUGCUCCAUGUAGAUAGAGAUAAGCAAAAUGAGAUGGAAGAUGGUGAUGAUACUGGUGAAAGUUUGCAGCAGAAGAAUCUUGCAAUAAAGGAGAUAGCAUUGACACUAGAGGCACGUAUGAUGAAGGUGGAGAAGACUUUGGCAAAGAUUAGAGAAUGGAAAACCAUAGAAAUAAAGGGAGCCAAAACCUGA